CCGCCUGAUCAUCGUCCACGCCUGCUUUUCGAGUACCCCCUCACCGGGCUGGACCUGUUUCUGCGCUCAGUUCUAUACUACGGUCUCCAGAAGACGCCGCAUUCGCCCGUAGUCUUCCCGGCGACUGGAGGAGCAGCAGUUGGCUCGUGUGAGGCAUUUUCACCGCGUUCCUCCUUUGUCAAAUACUCUCCCAUUACUUCGACAGCCUUUCUAGACUUGGCGGCUCCUCGACUGAGGCUGGAGGCCAUGCCGCGAGCUGUGGACGCUGGAAACCAGUUGUUGUCGAAAGAGGCCCGGCCUCGCGAGGAGGUCCCUAUGCCGCAGGUCUAG